AUGGGUGCUGCAAAUAUCCUGUGGGUGCCGUUAGCCAAUACGUUUGGCCGCCGGCCCAUCACAUUAUUCAACAUUCUCCUCCUCAUGUUAUGCUCCGUAUGGGCCGCACGCGCUACAUCAUUUGGAAGUCUUCUUGCUGCCCGCUUUUUCAUGGGGGUUGGCCAAAAGAUUUUAUUGCUAAUGGUAUUGCUAGUUGCACCGAAUGUCGUAGGCGAAAUCUAUUUUGCACAUCAGAGAGGAAAAGCGAUGGGGUUUUAUACGGUUUUCAUCUGCAUAGGCCCUGUUCUUGGUGGCAUUGCCGGCGGCUACAUAGCUGGAAACCUGGGCCUGGCAUGGAUCCACUGGAUCAAUGUCAUCUUGUCCGGCAUUCUGCUCAUCGCUUGUUUCUUCCUAGUUCCGGAGACGCUCUAUGCUCGUGAGACCCCGGCUCAAUCCAUGGAUCCUAUUUUGGACGAAGGCGGCAAAGGUGAGGACGGAACAAGUUCGAUAAAAAUCGAAGAUAUCGCCCAAAAUCAUGCUACAACUGGUAGCUAUUCGGAGCUUACUUUCCUCCGCUCACUGAAGUUAUACACCAACCACGGGAACCUUCUCCAGAACUUCGUUUCGCCGUGGUUGACACUGCGCCUUCCCGGGGUAUGGCUAGUGAUGCUGUGGUAUGCAGGGUUGGUUGGUGGGGUUGUGACAAUAUCGACAGUAGGCCCAACACUUGCUGCACAGCCGCCAUAUCUGUGGGGCAACAACGCAGGUCUCAUUUUGGUCGGCGGCAUUAUCGGAGCAUUGGUCGGCGCAGUGGUGACGGCGCUCUCCGCAGAUCGAAUUAUUACUACGAAAAAGACAUUGCAGGGAGAAGAAAACAUGGAGCCCGAGGCUCGCUUGCCCAUUGCGCUUCCGGGGCUUGUUCUAGCAACAACGGGGUUGUGGACCUUUGGGUUCUGUGCCCAGAGUUCGAAUUCACACAUGUGGAUUGGGAUGCAGUUUGGGCUCGGAAUGCUGUCUUUUGGUCUCAUGCAGGCACCAUCUAUUGGUUUCAAUUAUAUUAUCGAUUCCUAUGGUAGCGUCUCAGCGGAUUGUUUUGUUGUCGUGACGUGCAUGCGAGCGAUUAUCAGCUUUUCUUGGACAUUCUUCGCCAGCGGAUGGGUUGAGAGUGCUGGUCCAGCAAUUCCUUUCGGUGUCUUCGGAGGGUUGAUGGGGCUCUUUACCUUAUUCACGAUCCCGCAGUGGCUAUGGGGGAAGAGGACGAGGAUUGCUACAGCUGAUUGGAUACCAAAAUGAACAGGCCUCACUGUGCUAGGGAAUAUCUUAUGGCUAUGAGAUGAUCUCCAAGAAGGUGGUGUCAAUUUGCCAGGCGAUAGUUUCUGAGAAUUUCCUCGGUGACUCCGAG